AUGAAUUUUGGGGAGAAUUUUGAUGAUAAUGGGGAAAGUCUUAAAAGGGAAAGAACCAGGCCAAAACGGGGAUCUAGGAAACCCGCUAAAUUCGAUAACUUUGUACUUUCAGUGAUGGAGCGAGGCAGACCCAGUAAGAGGUCCUACUCAGAAUCACCUAGGAAUAGGCGUCCUAGGCCCAGAAGCAGGAGUAGGAGUCCUCGAUCUCCAUCCAAGGAGCGAUGUCCAAUAUGCCGGAUGUCAUUUGUGAAUCGCAGUAAUUGCCGUAGACACUUAAGACGCCAACACGGGGUGGACCCGAAAAGACGCAGCCCAUCAAAGGAGAGUUGGGAUGAGAUUCCUUUUGGGGAGCGUAUCCCCCUUCAUGACACCGUGAGCACAGUGAGUAUGUGGGAUCACAAAGGAUCAUCCAAGGACAAUCAAGGAAAAAAGUCUAAGAAAGAUCGACAUCACCAUAAGUCCCAAUCUUCGACCUAUGCCCAGAAAGAUCGCUCCUUUUUACCACAAUCCCAGAAGAUCAGUAAGACUCCUAAGGGAGGGACUCUCAGCACGUCUUCCAAUGUUCUGAAGACUAGUGAAGAUCCAGUCCCUCGUGCUUCACCUACGCCCAGUUCAAAGGUGAUUACUGCAUCGAAUAAGAGUGGGACUCCUAGCAGGGUUUCCACCGUGACCAAGACUAGCAAAGAACCAGUCACUCGUGCUUCACCGAUGCCAAACACACAGGUGGUUACUACCUCUAACACCAGUGGGACUCCUCGUUUGUCAGUAAGUGUAUGUGACAUUAGGGAUCAACCCGUUUCUUGUGAUGUUACCAUGCCUAGAUCCCAGGUAGUCACUAAGACCCCUAAAAGUGGACGCUCUAGUGCUACCAUCAGUGCGUCGGAUCAGCCUGUUCUUCGUGACUCUCCUGCCUCUAGCAAGAACAGUCCUAGAAGGAGCAACAUUCCAGGGAUUAAUCCUCUGGAAGGUCAGGAGUUGGAUCAUCCUGCACCACCUAUUCUAAGUCUAUCUCCAAGGAUCACACCCAGGAGAAGGGUGAUUACCAUGCGGGAUCAAGGGACUCAGACACUGGGCACGAGUUUUGGGCGGAACAUUAACAUUCAACAUGUGGAGAAUUUGUAUGUUGGUUCAGCAAACCAUUAA